AUGAAGGACCGACUGGCACAGCUUAAAGAGAACACGGAUGCAGCCCCCGACGACGUGGAGGUCCAGGUGGAAGAUAAAGAGUUUAUGGAAGGAUUCUUUACUCAGAUCGACGAAAUCCGCACCAGUAUUGAAAAGAUGGAUGAGAACGUGACGGAAGUGAAGCGGCUGUACUCCGUCAUCCUGUCUGCACCUACGUCAGACCAGAAGACCCAAGAUGACUUGGAGGCCAUCACCAACGAAAUCAAGAAACUAGCCAACAAUGCUCGUAAUAAACUCAAAAGUAUUGAGCAAAGUUUGGAGCCGAAUGCAGAUGACAGAGUUUCGGCUGAUAUGCGGAUUAAAAAGUCUCAGCACGCCAUCCUGGCUAGGAGGUUCGUGGAAGUUAUGACCAGGUACAACGAAGCUCAAGUCGAUUUCAGAGAAAAGAGCAAAGGGCGAAUUCAGAGACAGCUGGAGAUCACUGGUAAAACCACCACUGAUGAUGAGCUGGAGGAGAUGCUGGAUGGUGGAAAUGCGGCCGUCUUCACAGCGGGGAUCAUGGACUCGGCCAUCUCCAAACAGGCCCUGAGUGAGAUCGAAGCCAGACACAAAGACAUCAUGAGACUGGAGAGCAGCAUCAAGGAGCUGCAUGACAUGUUUGUGGAUAUCGCCAUGCUGGUGGAGAACCAGGGAAGCAUAAUUGACAGGAUUGAAAGCAACAUGGACCAGUCUGUGGGCUUUGUGGAGCGCGCGGUGGCCGACACCAAAAAAGCAGCCAAGUUCCAGCAGGAGGCUCGCAGGAAACAAAUGAUGAUCACGUUGUGUUGCAUCAUUCUCGCCAUCGUCGUCGGCGCGUUCGUGUACAGCUGGCUGAAGUGAGGGGAACUGGAUUUGGAUUUUCCCAAAGUCCAGUUCAGUUUGGAGUCACAUUCAUCAAGAG